CGCCAGUCGCGUCAGUUGCGUGAAAGCCUUUGACGGGGGAGGUGCUUUUCAGCACUUAUUGUGCGUAGCACCCUCUCCUCUUAUAAUCACUGCCACUAAUAGUAUAUAUAUUAUAUAUAUAUAUAUAUAUAUAAAUAUAAAUAUAUACAUAUAUAUAAUCGAAGAAUACAUUCGUGACGAGGACGUCUAAUUUGCAAAUUAAAAAAUAAGAUCCUCCCGCGAAUUGUGACAUCGAAACACAUACAGUUCGUAAAGACCAAUGUGAUCCGUAUUAUACGACAGAUCGACGAAAUAAAACGCGCCACAGAAAGAAGAAGCCAUAAGUGUUCGUUCUCACUGAGAAAGAAAUGAGAUGAAAACGCGGAUCUAUCAUAGUGUCCAUUAUUAUUAGUGUUCCGCUUCGCGUAGCGGAGCGUACAGUCGCGUUUUUUCGUGUCGAACAUAUAGUGUAUUCAUCACAUUUUUUUUUUGCUGUUUUAUUUUCUCUCUUUCUUUUUCUCUUUUAUUAUUUUCAUUUUGUGCAUCGACACGUUUUAUUGGAUGACUUGCGUCCGACGGCCUUGUUCUCUUGUGUUCUGGCCUCGUCUCGAUACGCGUUAAGGAGGAUAGCGUAAUAUGUUGCGUGUGACGUCGUCGUGACCGAAAGCGACGUCUGGAUUCUGUGCACGAUUCAAACGAGGAAGUCGGUGAACUUGUGCAUCGUGCUAGUGUGAUAUUCUUGUUUCAACGUUCCCUCCUCGUUCUCAUCGAGAUUCUCUUGUGAAACGUGUACGACCUUCCAGCAUACAUACGGCGUCUUCCUGGCGCUGAUUAAGAUUUAAAUUCCACGGACCUUGGGCGAUUUAAAUGGGCCGUGAAAGCAUUCCAGCAGGUGCUAUGGGUGGAACCAGGAUUUCCACGAGCCUGCGAGGUUCACCUACGGCUCGGCUUGAUGCUGAAGGUCCACGCUGACUUUGAUGCCGCCUUGAAGCACCUGACACUCGCUUUGAUCGAUGCCACGACACCUGCCUCUUUUUCCAAGCUUGAAAUAAAAUUUCACAUAGCUCAUUUAUACGAAGUCCAAGGGAAGUAUCGUCUUGCUAAAGAACAUUACGAGGCAUUGCUCAAGGAAAAAACUCUGCCUUCGCACCUGAAGGCCGACAUUUGUCGUCAAUUAGGAUGGAUGUACCACGUGGUUGAUUGUACAGUGCUUGGUAUAACAAGACAGCAGAAGCAAGCAAUUGCCAUCCACUGUCUGCAAAAAUCUAUCGAAGCGGAACCGAAAAGCGGGCAAAGCCUUUACCUGUUGGGACGUUGUCUCGCCGCUUCUGGAAAAGUUCACGAUGCAUUUAUCGCUUACAGAUUAAGUUUCACGCAUGAUUCUGUACGAGACACGUUGAAAAAUAGACUUUUCUACUUGAUUUCUAAUUGGAAGCUUGAAAGAAAUUCUGUGGAAAAAUCCGAAGGAAAUGCCGAUACAUGGUGUAGCAUAGGCGUUCUAUAUCAGCAGCAGAAUCAGCCUAUGGAUGCUCUGCAAGCGUAUAUAUGUGCUGUACAAUUAGACAAAUCACACUCAGCUGCGUGGACUAAUCUGGGCAUUUUGUACGAAAGUGUUAGUCAGCCAAAAGACGCUCUAGCUUGUUACGUCAACGCAUCCAGGGGUAAUAACAACACACCAAAUUGCACGGGUUCACUGGUGGGCCUGGGUGGUGCUAAAUCAGGUGGUAAUACCCCGAUGAACCCAUCGCUACAACAGCGGAUCAAUUUCCUCCAAAGUCAUCUGAGCCAAGCACCAAUGCCUUCCGUCGCUACUAAGAGGCGGCAACUGCCGUCUAUAGAAGAGGCUUGGAACUUACCCAUUAGUGCUGAGAUGUCUAGCAGACAGCAACAACAACAGCAAACACCCACUGGUCCGGGUUAUAAAUAUGGUUCCACUCCUUCUGGACCACCACCUCCUUAUCCUCAAGGACAAGGACAGAAUCUUAAUACAAAAAGAUUUAAGCCGGGAGAAGAACCAAUUUCUCCAGGUUCACAACAGAGACCACCACCAUUUUAUCUCACAUCUCAACAACUGCAGAUGUUACAGUUUCUUCAACAAAAUCAUGGAAGUUUAACGCAACAACAGCAAGGUUUGCUUGCACAAUUACAACAACAAUACAGAUGUAUGCAACAACAUCAACAACAAAUUAGAUUACAACAGCAACAAGCUGCUCAAAGAGGUUUAAGGCCAGGACAACCUGGUUAUCCUACAGGUUACAAUCAUACACAACUAGGACAACCUGGCGUGAUCAAGAAUUAUGGGAUACCUCAACAACCGUUGCAACAAGGUGGAACUGUUGCAUUACAAACAGGGUUCUCAGAUUCUAAUGUCGGUUAUAAUACGGCAGCAACUGGGAACAGUCAAACACCAGGAAUGCCUUACAAAUCUGCCUCUGAUUCAAACUAUCCUCAAAGGCAAUUGACAUCCGGCCAAUACAACCAAUAUCAGCCUAAUCAAUACACUGCCCAGGGUUACACACAAAUAUCGUCCACGACGAGUAAUUAUCCCGAAGGUUCCGCGGGAAAUAAAGACCUGGGAGUAACAGAUCAAGAAUUACAGGCUUUGUUAUCACAAAAAGAUAUUGCGACGUCUUUGGCGGAGGAUUUAUUGAAACAUUUUGGUUCGGAAGAUUUAGAUGUAAAAGAAGAAGCACCAAGCAUCAUGAACAAUGGCACGUUAAGUUCAGGUCCAUUUUCACCGUCGAAUCUCGAAGAGAGUACAGAAAAAAUCAAAGAAGUAAAACUAGAGAAGGUUGAAGAUAGUCAACCUUCGUCUACGUCGAAACUCGAAGCAUACGAAAAAAGCAAUACAAAAACAUCGACUCCAGUAGUUGAGACGGUGAAAUGUGAAGCAACUUCGAGUACAAAUAAAAUCGAAUCAGUUGCUCGGAUUGAACCGGUGCUUAAAUUGGAAAGCCUGUGUGAAUCACAACCUGAACAAGAACUUAGUAUAGAUAUGGAUUCUAAAGGUAUUAUAGAAGCAUGUAAAGGUCAGGGAUUAAAAGGUGUACCAAAUUGCUCCAUACUGAGCGAUCGUUCACCUCCACCCGCUCCACCUGAUCCUCCAAAUCAGAGACUAACCAAGGAACAACUCUUACCCCCAACUCCUAGCGUUUAUUUAGAGAAUAAAAAAGACGCGUUCAGUCCACAACUCCAAGAGUUUUGUUUAAAACAUCCGAUAGCUGUGAUUCGCGGUUUGGCGGCUGCUUUGAAAUUAGAUCUUGGAUUGUUCUCAACGAAAACUUUGGUAGAAGCGAAUCCAGAUCAUGGUAUCGAAGUAAGAACACAAAUGCAACAGACCAGCGAUGAGAAUUGGGAUCCUGUCAUGGGCAGAAAAGUUUGGGGUUGUAUCAGUCACAGAAGCCACACAACUAUUGCGAAAUAUGCGCAGUAUCAGGCGUCAAGUUUUCAAGAAAGCUUGAAAGAAGAAAGGGAGAAAGCUCAAGGUAUACAUACCUCGAAUUUAUCCGAUUCAGAUUCAAAAGAUAGUACUGGUGCUGUUAGAAGAAAGAAAAACGCUUUUGGAUUGGCGGGUCGACCGGGUUCGAAGAUGUUGCGAUUUGGGACCAAUGUAGAUUUAUCAGACGAAAGAAAAUGGAAACCGCAGCUUCAAGAGUUGAUGAAAUUACCGGCAUUCGCUAGAGUCGUUUCGGCGGGAAACAUGCUCAGCCAUGUUGGCCAUGUUAUUUUAGGAAUGAAUACUGUUCAGUUGUACAUGAAGGUACCUGGUAGUAGAACACCCGGUCACCAGGAAAAUAAUAAUUUUUGUUCUAUUAAUAUCAAUAUUGGACCAGGAGAUUGCGAAUGGUUUGCAGUGCCUGAUGCAUAUUGGGGAAUAAUUUGCUCACUUUGUGAGCGAAACAAUAUCAAUUACCUUCAUGGUAGCUGGUGGCCUUCUCUAGAAGACCUGUAUGAGGAAAACAUUCCUGUAUAUAGGUUUUUACAAAGACCAGGUGAUCUUGUUUGGGUUAAUGCAGGUUGUGUACAUUGGGUUCAAGCUGUUGGAUGGUGUAAUAAUAUUGCAUGGAAUGUAGGCCCUUUGACUGCUCGACAAUAUCAACUGGCAAUCGAACGUUAUGAAUGGAAUAAACUACAAUCAUUUAAAUCUAUAGUACCAAUGGUACAUUUAUCUUGGAAUUUAGCCAGAAAUAUCAAAGUAUCAGAUCCCAGAUUAUUUGAAUUAAUUAAAAAUUGCCUAUUAAGGACAAUGAGACAGUGUUGUUUAAUAUUAGAAUUUGUAAAAAGUAAAGGUGUAGAAGUUCGGUUUCAUGGACGAGGAAAAAACGAAGCAUCGCAUUAUUGCGGCCAAUGCGAGAUUGAAGUAUUUAAUAUCUUGUUCAUAAGGGAACAAGAAAAACGACACGUCGUGCACUGUAUGGAUUGUGCACGAAAACAAUCCCCAUCCUUAGAAGGAUUUGUUUGCUUAGAAGAAUAUAGAAUGCGUGAUUUAAUGGAGGUUUACGAUGGAUUUACUUUACAUACCUCUCUAACAACUCCUUCAUCAGCUCAGUCUAGCCAAUCCUCCUGAGAAUACAUGCAACACAGAUAUUUAGACUUCUUAGGCACUUUACAGUGACUUUGAUAGUACAAUAUCUGUGUUUAAAAAAAAUCUUUAUGAUAAGGAUUGUUUAAGUACCUGAGAGCUAUCAUGAAGAAAAUGAAAACAGAUCGAAAAAUUUUAUAUGUUAGACUAUAUAGUCAAACAUCUGUUUCCAUAUUAAUUUUAAGGUACGCACAAUAUAUGUUGUAUAUGAAAGAAUUGAAAAUUUUUAAUAUUCUGACAAUUAGUUAGUACUAUUUACACAAACUGAAAACUAUAUUCGAUCAAUUUUAUAUUGGAUUAAUACAAAAUCUCCAAAACAUUGUUCUAGCUCUCGGGCAUAGAAAAUUGAAGCUAAGUUAAACGAGAGAAGACUGUGCUUUACUUGUAAAUUACUUGAUAUCAUCAUUUGCUAAAACUUUGCAAUAAGAUAUAAUGGACAUAAUUAUCAAACUUGGUCACGUUUCUUAUCAGUUUUAUGUCAUGGCUAGAGUCUGAAAAGCAUUUAAUAUUCAUUUUUAUCAUGAAAAAAAGAAAAUAUAUAUAUAUAUAUAUUAUUUUCUUCAUAAAUCACAUAUUUCGAAAUUUUUACGAUUAAUAAAUUGCCAAAGAAAGCAGAAAAAAUUUCAUAUACACGAAAACAUCAUGGAAAUGUUCACUGCCAAUCGUGAAUAUAAUAAAAGAUUACAUUUAGUCCAAAGUGAUGAGGGAUAAAUUGUCGUUAAUUAUUGUUAUGAAUUAAGAUACGAUUGUAAAGUAUUGCAAAGCUGCUCAAAACAUACUUUUAUGUACAUUUUUGUAUACAAACGGAUUGAAACGAUUACUACUUUUGAUGAAAUUCACGGAGAUAUUACACUGUUUCGAAUGUCUUACUGCCAAUGACAAUUCAAUCUUAAUAUAGUAGUAUAAUAAUUGUGUUUUCACAUUUAAGAUAAUGUGAUCAAUAUAAAAUUGAGAUUUAUUAAGAAUUAUUGAUCUUUUUUAUAAAUUCAACAAAAAAAAUACAGAAGUAUUCAUCAAAUACUACUUCAAAUAAAUUAUUGUGUUAUAUAAAUAAAUUAGUGGCUCUAAAACAUUUGUACAGUAAAAAAUACAGUUUAUAAUAACGACUUAUAAAAACAUACCUCCGUGUUUAGAAUGAGAAAAGAAUAACAUACUGCAAAAAACUUAUAAAAUGGCGUUUCUUGAGUUAUAAUUUUAUUUACUAUCAUAAACAAAACAAAUAAAAAAAUGUAUGAACACUCACAACUAUAGAAAUUGAAAAUCAUGUGUUAAAUUUUUUUCAACGAUAAAAUAAUAAGAUAAGAAUUAUUGAUAUUUAUUAAUUAUAAAUGAAUUUAUUUGAAUCAAUUUUUAAUUAUAUGAAAUUAUUUCUUGAUUUAUAUACUUUAUUCAAAUAGAUGAAAAAUAGAAUUAUAACUAUCGUCUUAUUUAAAAUAUUCUUUAAUAUAAUUGUAGAACAUUAGUGCAAAUUACAAUUUUAACAAAUUUAGAAGCAAAAUAUAAAAUCAGAUCAAGAUUUAAAUAAAGUUGGAGAACGCUGACAUAUAAUGUUUAAUAGCAAGUAAUCGUAUCUUAAAACAAAAAAGAAACGUACCUUCGACUCAGUCUUGUCAAUUCACAUUGGCGUUUAAAAACGCCAAAUGUACGUGCCAGAAAACAAAAAAAAAUCUUACCCACCACAAAUGUAUAAAUAAUACAAUUCUCGUUCCGCCGAAAAAAAUGUAUUUUCACAUACGCAUGAGAGAGAGGGAGAGAAAGAGAGAGAAAGUGAAGAAAAAAAGCAAAAAAUGGUAGAUAGUCCAUACAGGUUGUAAUAAGAUCAUCGGAGAACGAUGUAUUUUUGAAAAUUCUAGAAAAUGCUAGUUCCGCCGAGUUAGUUAAUAAUAAACGAAAAUCGCAUUUCUUUUAUAUGCGUGACAAAUUUCAGCGCUGUAAUUGCAAUAUAUGUAUGUACAUAUAUAUAUAUAUACAUACAUAUAUAUCUACAUCAUAUAAAGCAAUGGCUGAAUAUAAUGCUAUAAUUUCGCCAGUUAUCUAUGAUUAUUAAUGAUGGUCGUACGGGUUCAAAAACUCGUGUCCAAGAGUAUUUUAAUCCAUACACUCUAAUGAUCUCAUUUCAUGUAAUAUUGGCAGUUUGGAAUGAUAAUGAUUUCUGCCGAUAUUUCGAACUGACUUGACAAUUUUGAUUAACAGUUAAUAAAUUAUGUAUAAAUAUAUUUAAUGUAAAAAAAAUAAGAUAAGAUAAUAUGAAAUGAAUUGAAACGGAAUGGCUCAAGAGCUUUGCUAAGUAAUAACAAACAAAUUGAAUGCAAUCUUUGUGUAGUAUCAAAUCUGUCUUGCUGUGACUAAUGGCUAAUCUGCAUUAAUUUGAAUACGAAAUUGAGCAGAUUUUCUAUAACCGUUUUAAUAGUAUAUGAAAAUUUUUUACUAAUAUUACGCUAUUCGACUUUAAUAGUCAAAUGAUUUAAUAUUAUCGUUAUUUUUCUUUUUUCAUUAAUUGGCAAUACUUAAUAAAUAUAUUAAUUACAUUAUACAUAAAAAUUAAUAUAUAAAAAAAUUUUUAUUUUUAUUUCUAUGAUCUUUAACAAUUAAUUUAAACUGGGAAAUAAUAUUUUCAAAAUAUACUUCAAAAUAAUAAAAUGUACAUGAUAUAAAAAUGACAAAUAUGUAUCUAUAUGUUAAUAUAAAUUGUCAUUAACAUUAUAUAUUAAAAUUGCAUUGUCUAAAAACGGUUUCAUUAAAAAAAGGUUCACAGCAUUGGCAGUUCAAGUUUGUUUGCAGUUGUUUAAUUUUUUUUUUUUUUUUUAGAAUGUUUUAGAUUCUUCAAAUAACAAAGUUCACUUGUUAGUAAAUUAAUAUUAUAGCAAGAAAUGUACUUCUCUUAAUAAUAAAAUAUAUUAUAUUUUGUUGCUUACAAGUGGAAUAUUUGCAAUUGAAUGGAAAAUAAUUUUAUAAAAUUUUAACGAAAUAAUUUGUAUGUGAUCAUUGAUAAAAUUGUAAACUUAUAUCUGAAUAUUUAAAGAUCUUAAUGGUAAUUAUUUGAACAUAGAAAGAUACAUAAAUAAGAAAAAAUUUUUUUUGGAAUGAAUUUUUUUAAAUUGUUUUUUCAAUAUAUUUCAUAAAAAUAUGCUGCAAUUGCACAGGAUUUAGAAAUCUAGUAUCAUAAUUGGCAGUAUUAUUAAUUAAAUUUUCUCAUUAAAUUUAAUUAUGAUAAUUAAUUUAAACAAAGAUCUCUAGUUCAAAAAUAGAGAAUAAAAAAAUAAAUAAUCUACUUUUUAUCUAAACAAUAAAAUUAUAUUUCCUAAAUAAUAUACUAGAUUUUUUAACAACCUGCAGAAAUGGCAUAUUUUAUAAGUUAAAGGAAAUAUAAAGAAAUAUUAGGAUUGAUAAAAUAUAUUAUUUGAAAUAGUAGACUAGUUAAUGUAAGCUUUCAAAUACCAUUUGUGUUUUAGUUAUAAUUUAAUUGGUUUUUAGAUAGUUUACAUUCACUAGUCGAAAUAUAUAUUAUAUAUGUAUAUCUUAAUUUUCUCAUAUUUUCUUUUAUUUAAUUAAAUUUAAAUUGCGCAUCGUUAUUCGUAAUGAACUAUAAAUCUAAUAAAUUUAAUAAAUUUAAUUAAUGGAAAAAAGUCAGAGAACUUGAGAACAGUAGUUAUAUUAACUUAUCAUUUAAUAAAAUGUAAGUAACUGUAAAUAUUUGAUUUUUGUAAAAUCAGAGAAUAAGUAGGAGAGCAGAAUUAUAUAACAAAUACAUCUUUAUAAUAAUCACUCAGUUGUUUAUUCUGCACAUAAGCAGAUUUUUCAAAGUCUUGUAUUUUGAUACUGAUCAAGGAAUAAUGUAACAUUGGUGAAUUUUAGAAAAUUAUGCAAUUUAGUAUUGCGCACAAAUGCUAGAAAAUUAUCAAAAGAAAUUAAGAAAUUCCUUUGUAUCAUUUCAUCUUCAGAAAUAUUUUAAAAUUCAUAAAAUGGCGCACAUACGAAAUUGCGUAUAUACUUCGAAAAGCAAAGGAAAAAAUAACAAAAACAAAAAAUUAAAGGACAUACAUAAAACGUAUUUUCGCUAAAUAAUAUAUGAAGUGUUUAAGUUCUGACUUACCAAAUGAAGUUAACAAAACAAACAUAAAAAAAAGUUUAUUUUUUCUGUACAACUGACUAUAACAAAGAAGAAAUAAUAUUUUCGAAUUCGUCUGUAAUGUAAAGCGAAAUGUAGCAAACCAUAGCAUGGAAAAUGAAAACGAAAAAAAUUAUGAUACCUAAUUCACAAAACACGUAGCUUAAAACUUGUAAAACUGUAUUUUAAAUGUGAAAACAUUCACUGCCAAAUUGUGAUAAACAAAUCCCACCUUUAAACCGGAGCGUUUUCUUAACUUCUGAUCGCAUUGACCAAUUAUUUCCUCCUAAAUAGUUACCGUGAAUUCUGCACAUUCUGAUAUAAUAGUCAUCUAUAUUUUUUCUUAAUGUUUAAGAUAUAAUAUCGAAGAGAAUAUAGCGUUGACCAAUGCAGCUAGAAUCGAAGGAAACCGCUCCCUAUUUUAAGUGCGUAGCAUCGUAACAAUGAAAGAAAAAAAUAAAUAAAUGAAAAAGGAAAAAAGAAAAAAGAUCAUAUUGAUAUUUUUAAACGGGCACGUUUUACUGUUUAAAAAGUACCAUCUGGACCGCCUAUAGCGCUCUUCUAUAAUAUUAUAUGUUUACGUGUACAGUGCCUUUAUACCUGAAAAAAGAGACAAAAUGAAAAAAAAAAGAAAGAAUGGAAAAGAACAUUUUAAAAGAAAGAAAAAUACCUUUGCUUUCGAGAAAUCAAUGUAGAUUCAUACACAAAACUUCCCUCACUUUAGACACAGGAAUACGUAGAAUUUUAAAAUAGAGAAAAUAUAUGGGGAACAUGAGUUUUUUUUAGUCUUUCGCAUUAAUUUCUCGAAAAGUCAAGGCAUGCGGUCCCUCCUACGUGUCGCAAACAUUCUUCUAAUUAGGUUCAGAUUGUAAUGAUUACCUAAUUAUAAUUAAUGUAAUUAGAUUAUUAUUAUGAAGUAUGUUGUAAAAGUGUACAGUUUGGAUCGGGUGAUCCUUUUAUGCGGGAGAUCAUGCUGUAGCUAGCCUUAUUAUUAUCAUUACAACUAUUAUUAUCAUGAAUUAUUAUUGCAGUUAAUUAAAAUAUAUUGUGUUUACCAUAAUAAUGUAAUAUAGAGUUACACAGAGCUCGACUGUGCUGUACAUUAUGAUUAUCAACACAAACGCUGCUGCCCUGCAAUUAUUAUUAAAUUGACUUUUCCCAAAAA